UAAACAAAUGUAGGCCUAAAUGUACACACAACAACGUUAUUGGUACGUAUAACAACAGAUUCUAGAACUAUCGUUACUCCGUCAAACCUGAUAUAAAGGCUCUUCUUUUCCAAACACUACCAUUCUCGUUUUAUCAAGACACUUCACAAGCGAUCAACAGGAUUUUCUGCAAAAGACGAAGCGAGUUUUGAGAGAUUUGUUGCUGAUUUGUUCGAAAAAUAAGUGAGAGAACGCACACAAGGUGAACAUGGCACUUACCGUGAAGGCGUACCUAAAGCGAGGGGAGAAUGUUGGCAAAGAAAUUCGGCGCUUUUCUGUGGACCCGACUGUUGCAGCCAACUAUGAGUACAUGUCAAAGAAAGUAGCUCAAGUCUUUCCCUCUUUAGGAUCACCGGACAACUUUACUUUGGCCUGGAAAGACACUGAUGAAGACCUGAUAACAUUCUCCAGUGAUGAGGAAUUAGUAGAAGCUCUUGGCCAGAGAGAUGGAGAUGUGUUCCGCAUCUUCAUCAAAGAGACUAAGACUAGUCGAGGCUCUGAUGGAUAUGAUGGCCGCGGCCCAAAUGUACGUGAAGAGGAUAUCUUUCAUCCGGGUGUUGUCUGUGAUGGCUGUAAUUCUCCUAUCCGGGGACCACGUUUCAAGUGUAUCGAGUGCCCAGAUUACGAUCUUUGCAAAAGAUGCGAGUCAAAGGGACUGCAUGAGGAACACCAGUUCGUCAAGUUCCGCAAACCUCAGAUUGGCCGAACAAGACUUGGGGGUUUUGGUUGUAAUCCUGGUAUGUGGCGAGCUUUUAGCGGCGGGCAUGGCCAUCCAGGAUGGCGCCAUUGGUGGUUGCAGCAACAACAACAACAACAACAGCAGUAUUGCCAGCGUGAGCAACAGCAAUUUGGCAGCACAGACAACCCACAGCAGAAGUCUGAGGGUGCAGGUCCAAAACCUGAAGGAACAAGCCAGGCUGACGCAAGCCAAGGAUAUGGUCCAGGAUUCCCUGACCCAGCCAACUUUCUUCGUGAUAUUGGGCAGUCUGUUGCACAAAUGCUGGACCCCCUCGGCAUUGAUGUUGACAUAGAUGUGGAGCACAAUGGUGAACGUCGCAAGUGUGGUGGUGGACGUGGGCAUGGGCGUCGCUUCUAUGGCGGCGGAUACCCACAUGGCCAUGGUCAUGGCAGCAAGAAGUGCAAAAAGGGCAAAGGAAAGUGGAAGUAUCAUUGUUCAAGCGAUGAAGAGAAAGAACAGGGGGGUGAAGCUGCAAAGGAUGAGACUGUUUCUGAAGCGUCACCUGGAACAAGUGAGGAGAUGAAAGGGGCUAAGGCUCAGGAAGCUAUGGAUACAGAGGGAAAUGAUGGGCAGCGUCGUCGUGAGGAAUCUGGAUGGACUAUGCUAGAUGAAUCUGACUCUACUGGAGGCAGUUCCAGCCAAUCUAAACCAUCACCAUCUGCUCCAACCUUCCCUCAAACUGACCUAACUGUAGAUGGUGAAGCUGACAAACUGAAAGAUAUGCACAUCAGCACCCACCCAGAUGAACGCAUUGCUAAUGCACUGAGCUACAUGCAAGGUAUGGGUUAUGAUAAUGAGGGUGGUUGGCUGACUCAUCUCCUUGAGACCAAGAAUGGAGACAUCAAUCGUGCCCUGGACGCCAUUAAGUUUGGCAAGAAGUAGCCUCCCCGUGAUGGGCCAAAAUAAACCAAGAAAAUUAGUAGAGGAAAAGCAUUUUUAAGAGCAUUUACUUUUAAUCAUUUUAAAGUUAUGGUGGUGUUUUAUGAAGUUUUCAAAUAAUAACCCUAACAGUUUUUUUAAUGUUAUCACUUCUUAAAAUUAAAAAGAGUUUAAUUUUACAAACAAAAAAGCAAGUUGUUCAAAAGAAUUAAAUAAUUACAGUUAAAGGAACUUUACAGAAUUGGUAAGAAACAAACUUUCCCAAGAUCACAGAUUUACAUAAACUUAAACUUAUCUUUUCCCAAGA